AAUUAUUUUGUGUUGUUGCCCGUCGUUUUUGUUCUUGGUGGAGCGAUUCUCGCUCUGAAGGUACGAGUAGUCACAACCAUUUCCGAUACAGAACACCGGAAAGCAAUUCCAACAACAACAACAACAACAAGACAAAGAACAAACCAAACAAAGCCACUGUACUACUAGCUCGGCAAAACCAGCACCACCGAAGCGUCCCUGCAGCAGCUCCCACUGUUACCACCCAUCUCGCCCGAGUGCUCUGUGUGUGUGUGUGUGUCUUUGCGUGCGUGUGUCACGGUUUCGCGGUACCGCCCGUCCAUCCCUGCCCCACCCCCCACGAUCCCGCCAUGCCGCCGGGCAGCCGAAAGCGGCAGCAACCGAUUUGCUUUCGGAGCCUGGCGCUCCCGCUGGCCAACACGGAAGAGGAGAAACCAAGCAAGGAUGGCAACGGCAACGGCGGCCCUAGCAGCAGCAGCGACGAGCCCUCCCCCCACUUUUUGGCGGCCCUCCAGCUCGUCGCCCACGUGAUCGAGCCCCUCCGCAAGGCCCUGGUCCACUACUACGUCUCGCACCGGGGCAAGGACGCCUCGGCGUCGGCGGGCACCAAGCUGGAGCACCGGACCCUCCUGGCCUUUGGCCGCCUUUUCCGGGACCUCAUCUCCCCGGCCAACGCCGCCUCCUCCUCGGCCGGGAGCCUGGCCUCGAACGGCGGCCUGUCGGUCUCGAGCCACUCGGUGUCGAACAACCACCCCAGCGGAAGCGGAGACCCCUGUUCCGACGACACGCCGGUCCCGACGGACCGCUUCUUUCCCGUCCUGAACGCCUGCCUGGAGAAGAUGGGCCUCCCGAGGGACCCGGGGGACGCGACCGAGGCCGUUCGGGUGGUCCUGGCCUGCCUCCGGGCCUGCUGCGGGGAGCUCCCGCUCAACGGCCGCCUCUGGGUGGCCCUCCUGGACAAGGCGGCGACGGGCCUCGUGGUGGACCAGUCCCUGGUGGGCCGUCGCAGGGCCCGCGGAGACGCAGAUGCGGGCGCGGGCGCCGGUGCGGGCGUCCUGCUCCAGAGGACGCACAAGGAGCGGUGUAUGCUGUGGUGCCCCCACGUGCUGCCGAUCGGAGACCUGUCCAGGAUUCCUCCGGCCAAAACCACCAGCGGCGGGGGCGGCGAAGAAGAAGAAAAAGAGGCCGUCCCGACCCUCCAGCAGCUCCUCGAGGCCGACUGUGCGAAGCGGCCCCUCUCCACGACGGCCCGCAGGUACUACGACUUUGACACCAAGCCCUACGACUUUGAGGUCGAGAUCCCGGCCGGGCUCUUUUCCUUUGGCGGCGGCAGCGGCAAGAACGGAAGCAGCCGCAUCGAAACCGACACCGAGAACGACACAAAACAAAAACAGCCCUGGAAGACCACCCGGUCGAUGCGCUUUUCGGCGCUCACGGGCUACCUCUUUCUGGGAAUCGACCGCGUCCUUCCCGAUCCGACCACCACCACCGGCGGAAGCAACGCCCACGAAAGCCGCAGGCUGGACCGGUCCGAGCUAGCGGUUCCUCCCACCCUCGACCUGACCAGGCUCUCGGAGGGGCAAAGCCACCCCGGGCCCGUCCUGUACGACCUGGUCGGGGGGGCCCUCUGCGACGAGGGGGACUACGUCGCCGUCCUCAAGGACCACGCGGCGGCGGCCGCCCUGGCCGAGAGACAGGUUGCGAGCAACAAGAACAGCAACAACGAAAAGGACAACGACCCGAAGAAUGGAGAGGGCUCCGACUCGGACGACGACGAGGAAGACGAGACCUGGAAGCUCAUCGAGGCGGAGGAAACCAUCCCCAUGAGCGAGCUGGACGUCCUGGAGUUUCUCAAGGGGGAGGGAAACGACGACGACAGCGAGGAGGAGGACGACGAUAGCGACAGCGACGACGAGGGCGGACCGUGCGGGACCCUGGCCGUCUACCGGCUCCGGACGGAGGCCGUUUCCUCGUCCUCCUUUUCUUUGCAAAGGCACCUUCCGCAGAACGAGACCGUCUUUGACGAAAUGAACCGCCUCCUCUCGGACAUUGUCCUCUCGCAGGUCACCGGGUCCCUCGACUCCCUCUCGACGGACUACUACAUCGAGGAAGAAAUCUACGAGGAGGAAAUCAUCGAGGACACGGACGACGACGACGAAGCCGAGGGGGAGGACGCGUGAGGCCGGCCGUUGGCGACGAACGAACCAAUAGAAACGAAACAAACGAACACCCACGCAGCAAUGCUCAACAAACACGGCAGCGGCGCUCCGGCCAACAUCGCUGUGACAGCCCUUGGCCGCCUCGCCACGGUUUGCUCUUUGCCGAAGUGCGCAAGCGGGCGGACCCAGGGAAAUUCCGAGGAUCCUUUCCCCGGUGCGGAUGGACCGUUGCGUGGGACGGUCCGAGUCCGCACGAGAGUCCGUGCGUGCCUGCCUGUCUGCCUGCGGGUUGGUAGGGUUGGACUCCUCCGUUCCGGCAAUCGAGAGGAACACCGGCCCUGUCCUGUCCCGUCCCGCCCCGCCGGAUUCGAACCAGCGUGGCUCCCACCAUGCGCACGGCCCGCAACACAAAGCGGUGCAAUGCAACGCAACGAACUGCAACAAAUGGAAAUGCAAAACGCUGCCGAGCAAGCGGAGAAAAAGAAACCUCCACUUCUUUCACCCCACGGGCCGGUUUGGAACCGACCCGAUCACAAUCCAUGGCAAAGGAUGCAAGCCAACACUAGUACGGUAGUUAAAACUUCUAGAGAUGACACAUACUAUGACA